AUGAGGCUUCUCAACGAAAAUGGAAAUAUCAUGUCAUCACCUAAACACUUUGAACGUGAAACAUAUUGUGGUGACGUGUAUAAUAUCAGCAUAUACAAUGCAGUCAAUAGACGCCUGCAUUAUGACACCAAGUACAAGUCUACAGCAGAGAUAGCUUGUGAUGAAGGAUAUUACAACAUAAAUGACCCUCAAACCUCUGAGAUUUCAACUACAACUAUAACUUGUUCCGACCAUGGAACAUGGAUAAACAUGCCUAUGUGCGUACGGAAAGAUUGUGGAAAGUUAGACAUGCUGAAUAUAUCAAAUGCUAAACUCAGACUCACAUUCGGUGAUACAAAAUACCAGUCGAAUGCUACUAUAAGCUGUGACUCUGGGUAUACUGAUCAAAAUAAACCUCAGACAUUUGCUAUAUCUUCAACUUGGAUCGAGUGCUCUGCCGAUGGAACUUGGGCAAAUAUACCAAACUGUGUCAGGAAAGACUGCGGCAAUGUACACAACAUCAUCAUAAACAAUGCAUUCAAAAGACGCCUGCAUAGUGACACCAAGUACAGUUCAACAGCAGAGAUAGACUGUGAUGAAGGAUACUACAACAUUAACGACAUUCAGACAAGUGGAAUUUCAACUGCAACAAUUCUUUGUACAGAGAAUGGAACGUGGAUGUAUAUACCUACAUGCGUACGGAAAGACUGCGGACAAAUUCAGCUCAAUAAACAUUCCAACCUGAAAUAUGGUCUUAACGACACAACGUACAGAAGCAUUGCAACUAUUGUUUGUGAUGCUGGAUAUGACAUGCAUUAUUUGUUAGGCAGUACCGAUGAUGAGUGGAACAUAACUUGUGAUCAAAAGGGAAUGUGGUCUCAGUUGCCACAGUGCACCAUAAAAGACUGUGGACAAAUUCAGCUCAAUGAACAUUCCAACCUGAAAUAUGCUCUUAACGACACAACGUAUGGAAGUAUUGCAACUAUUGUUUGUGAUGCUGGAUAUGAAUUGCAUUAUUUGUUAGGCGGUACCAAUGGUGAAUGGAACAUAACUUGUGAUCAAAAUGGAGCCUGGUCUACAUUACCACAAUGCACCAUAAAAGAAUGUAAAUUACCUGAGGCUGGUAAUACUUUCACCCACUUCGUUAACGCUUCAACGAAAACGACGUACCAUUACGGGGACCUUCUUCUAUAUCAGUGUGAUAUAGGUUAUGAGUUUUCUAAAGAUGCAUCUCAAAAUCUAACAAAAGCAGUGAGCUGUACAGAUAGAGGAUUCUUUGAACAUUUAGAAACAUGUACACGGAAAGCAAUACUGAAUACAGGAAAGCCAGAUAUAUGCUUUAACUGCGACGAUAUGUCAAGUCCCGAGUACUGUGACAUUGUUGCACGAUGCCAGAAGAACCAGGUUUGCUACACAGAGUCAUAUCAGUCUGUUUAUGGAAAAGAAUUUCGAUCUGGAUGCAUGGAUGAGCAUAAAUGUCACAAAGAAGAGAAUAGCACCUCUAGUUCAGUAUGUGUUGAAUGUUGCUCUACUGAUAUGUGUAACAACAGAGGCUGUGGAAAUUCCGACUUCCCUACACGAGAACACAGAGGUCCUAUGUGUUUUGACUGUCAUCAUACUGGUGACAUAAAGCUGUGUAACAAGGUUACAAUGUGUGCACCGGACCAGGUGUGCUCUAUAGAAAGAUACCAGUGGGGAGAUAGUUUCCAUUACAAGCUUGGCUGCACUUACCAUCUGUGUAACAUAGUAUUUCGGCACAUGUUACGUUCUGUACCAUCCUGCCAUUCGUGUUGUAGUAACGAUUACUGUAACCGGAAUUGCUCAAUUAGUAAUUCGGUACCCGGAGAAAUAUUUGUAGGAUAAAACAGAGACACGCUACAAAAGUCGGAGAAAUGGUUUACAGGACAUUUGGCUUAACUUAUCAAUAUAUAAGGAUUUUAAAAGAUGUUUCAACACGUGUUCUUCUUCUGACAUUAUAGAAAUGCCGCUAGGUUGCUUUUUGUCGUGGAUACUCAUAAUUUCAUGUCACCCUUGGUAUUAGAAUCAAUUAUAUGAAAAUACAAAAAUAGUGCUGUUAUGACUUUUUGUAAAUAAAAACUGGCAAAAACUGACGAUGUAUUUAUACGAAAAGCAUCAGCUUUGGAUUUAUCAGUCAGUGAUAGAUAUCCAUGAGAAAUUUAACAGAAAUAAUAUCUUUGAGCGUAUCCACAUCUGUGCUUUCCUACGCAAAAAAACAACAACAACAAAAAAAAACAUGAUGGUCUUUUUUGCUUGGAACAUUUAAAAUCCAUAUUCUGAAAAUAUUCCUUUUAUGCCGUAAGCAUCCGGUCAAACAAAUGGAACAAUCUCAUCAGUCAGAAGCUGUAUUUCAAAACUGUCGCUGCCUUCAUGUUAUUUGAUCUGGCCAACCUACAAAGAAGGAACAAAAGUUUCUUAUGUUAACUCUUUAAAAUAAGAAAUGUAUUUGUAAAUCGGAAAAUGUAUGUGUAUGUCGUGUAAUUUUCAGUCAAAACGAGUCAUUUCUACGUAAUAAAGGAAGUAUCAUAUUUUGUGCAUAUUUAUGUUGAUGUAUAAAAUAAAAUUGGAUUGUUCUCUUCUAGAGUAUAGAGCAAUAGCAGAGCUUCAUUUACAAUUAUAGACGUCUAUAAAUAAAGGAACGAUAAUAAGCCUAGA